AUGGCAGAUCCUCUAUCCGUCUCCGCUAGUAUCUCUGGCCUGAUUACCCUCGCUGAUAUAGUCUUUCGUCGGACCUACAAGUACGUGAAAGCUGUCAAAAAAGCACCGAAAGAGAUAUCAGCCUUGUCUGCGGAGAUAGGCGCCCUCUACGGAAUCCUCAGCAAUCUGCAACUGGUCUCUCGUCAGCUUGAAGAUGAGACAUUCGAAUCAACUACACGAGUACAUCACAUCCACUCAUGCUAUCAAACGCUGGAACAUGUGAAGUCUAUUUUGGAUAGAGAUGACACAUCUUCGCUAGGCGAUCAGCGACUAGAGACCCUUAAGAGAAAGUUAAGAUGGCCAUUUACGUCUUCAGAGGUCAAAGACCUAAUCACAGAAAUCGAGCGUCACAAGACAACAUUGGGGCUGGCAUUGAACGUUGACUGUAUGUCCGGUCUCCUCAAGGCGCUAUCCAGACAAGACCAAUUUCUCGAUACAAUUGAGGGAAUGAGGACCGAGCUCAAGGAGAGACACGAAGCUGAAACGCGCAUCGCCAUCAACAAAGAGAGACAAGAAAUCUUGGAAUCAUUCGCGAAGGUCGAUUCUCGCAGCAAUCACGACAUGAGCCGAAAGCUGCGGAGCCCUGGCACAGGUCUUUGGUUGACAGAAGGUCAAGAAUUCAGACAAUGGUGGGAAACCAAAAACGCCAGACUUUGGUUUUACGGAAUUCCAGGCGCGGGCAAGACCGUUUUGGCCUCCUCUGCGAUCGAGGAAGCCUUGCGAAUGAGCAGCCCCAGUAUCGCAGUUGCGUUUUUUUACUGCGACUACAAAGAUUCAGCCAAGCAAGACUUGUCGAACAUACUAGGUUCAUUGGCUCAGCAAUUCGCUAAGCAGGACGAGGAGAGCUUUGCGAAGCUUCGACAAUUCUACGAGACUCAUAACCCAGAGCAUCAACAGCAUUUUGCUUAUGACUCGGACCAUUUGUGGGGUCUUGUAAGGAAAAUGACAUUAGUCUUCGAUUGUGCUAUGAUCAUUGUCGACGGACUUGACGAAUGCGGGACGAAUGCGCCCUUAGUGGUUGACGCUCUCACCGCCCUCAAUGACGGUGAGGAUACUACCAUCAAGACAAUAUUUCUGAGCAGGGACGAGAUAGAAAUUCGCGAGCGUCUGGAAAAUUACAAAAAAGUUUCGAUUGCCGCCAGGAGUAGCGAUCUUAGGCUCUACGUUGGGGCUGAGAUUGAUCUCAGAACGCGUAAAAAAAGGCUCAGGAUCAAGGAUCAGUCACUCAAAGAACACAUCUUGGAAAGGCUGGUGGAAGGUGCAGAAGGCAUGUUUCGCUGGGUUACUUGUCAGAUGGACUACUUGUGUGAGUUACCGAACGAUGCCGCCCGCCGCAUAGCACUUGGAUCUUUGCCACCGGACCUGACUUCCACAAGCUGGUUCGAAGGGCGCUACGUUGGAUUACAUUUUAACAAAGAUUUCAUUACCACCGAAGCUUUGUGUGAAGCCGUAUCUAUUGACUUCGGCAAUACAAGGCGAAAUCCUCAGGCUAUACCUGACCUGUUCGAGAUCUUACACUGGUGCAGCAGCCUUGUACGAAAAUCGGCGAAUGGCAACACGCUGGAGUUAGCUCACUUUACGGUCCAAGAAUUCCUCCAGCAAAUUGAUCCCAGACGGGAUAUUUCAUUUGGGGCGUAUCGAAUCGAUCCCGAAAGCGACGAGCUCACACUUGCAAAGGUAUGCCUUACAUACCUGAACUUUGAAGACUUCGACCAAGGCGGUCCGUUUGGCGAAGAUGUAGUAGAGCGUCGUUUCCAUGAAUCUCCGUUUCGAAGUUUUGCUAUUGACGGAUGGGAUCACGCUGCUCGCAAGAACUUGGAUGACCCUGAACUUUUUCGAUUGGUGCAGAAGCUGUUCAGCCCCUCUAAACCGAAUACAUUAGUCUCAUGGAUGCACGAUAUGACUGCCAAACAUCCUGCAUGGGGGUCUCAAUAUAAGGAAACACAGAUUAUCAUCAGCUCUAUGUUUGCUGAAGCAACCGCGCUGCAUUACGCCGCCAUGUACAACCUCACCAAAGUGUGUAGCUGGCUUAUCAAGAGUGGAUGUGACGUCAACCGAAACACUAGUUUUGGAUGUGGAGCGGAUCCAAAUUGCUGUUAUGAUCUGGACGAUGAGAAGCUGUCACCUCUCUUCAUGGCCUUGAUUACUAGGCGAUGGGAUCUUGCCGAGAGGCUGCUUGAUAGGGGUGGAUUAAUUGACAGUGGCUGCCUAGACAUACUUGAAAACCAUGCGCGAUCUGAAGAUAUCUGCAAAUUGGUAGAACAUACAAGCAACGAUAACGUGCUGCGAGAGAACCACAGUCGUUUGCUUCAAUUGGCUUUGAGAGCGAAGACCUGGUCGAACGCGACUCGCCUAAUGCAUGAGGAUAGUGAUCAGCCCUGUCAAAACACGCACUACGAGCAUGUCUUGCGUACUGCUGCUGAAUUUGGGCAAGUGGAGAUCGUAACACGCUUACUGGACAAUCAGAAGCUUGAUGUUGAUGCAGCAGAUGAAGGUACGGGAUUCACAGCCCUUCACCAUGCAGCAAGGACCGAUCAGCUCGAGGUUGCGCAAAUAUUGAUGGAUCGAGGAGCCAAUUCGAGCAGACCGGAUAGCCUAGGAAGGACCGCAUUACAUCAUUCCGUCCAGAGAAAAGAGGUUCGUUGUCUUCAGUUUCUCUUGCAGCAGGAUGCAGAUACUAGUCUUCGGGACUUAGAAGGCAUGACCGUAGGGCAUUUAGCUGCCCAAGGAGGCAACGCUCAAGCACUGAGCAUUCUGCUGAGUAUGCCGGUCGAUUCAGCAUUAACGACUGGUCUCGAAGCAAAUGAUGGAAGGACGGCUUUCCUCUGCGCUUCAGCGAAUGGGUCUAAAGAAGCCAUGAGCUUACUUCUCCGGGCCGGCAGUAGCCUUACCGAGACGACUUCAGAUGGAUGCUCUGCACUACACUAUGCUGCCAAGUCUGGCAGCUUGGAAGGUGUUAAGUUCCUCAUUGGACACACUAUUGAUCCAUGUGCGGUGACCCUCGAUGAGUCGAAUGCAUUGCAUUAUGCCAUCAGUGGGAACAGCGAAACGCUUCCAGAAAGUGUACAUGUUCUGCUUGAAUACGGUGUGGACCCCCACAAAGCUCGCAAUGACGGAUUCACACCACUUCAUGAUCUCGUGAGGAUCAUCAGGGAGAAUUCUUUGUCUUCAGAUCAACUUGAUCACCUUUUUGCUGCUAGCCGAACACUGCUAAGGAAGCUGCUGGGGAACCCUAGACUCGCAUCAGACCUACGGUUGGGCUCUGAGCUGAUAUACUUGGCUUGCACACACUCUUUUCGUCGUGCGAAUGAGAUCGUCUUGGAUCUCCUGGAACUUGGUCUCGACUGCAACAUUCCUUCUUCGAACGGUAGAACUGCGCUCAUGGCUGCAGCAGAAAGUGGGAAUGAUGCUCUUUUAAGCACAUUGCUACUCCAUGAAGCUGACCCGUGCAUCAAUGAUUCGGGGCUCAACGCAGUUCAUUGUGCUUGCUUCAAUGACCACAAAAAUAUUCUUGUUCAAUUGAGAGAAACGGGUAUAGAUUGGAAUAGUAAGACAACUACUACAAUCAUAGGCUGCCGACGUAAAAAUGUCACUGCGCUUCAUAUCGCCGCCCAAUUCCAGGAUAGCAGCGUUCUCGAAUACUUGCUGAAUGAAGAUCUCAUGUCGAACAUUGACGCCUGCACAGACCGUGGAGAAACGCCGUUGCAUGUGGCCGUAUGGGCAGGAGCAUCCCGAAAUGUGUCUCUUUUGUUGUCGAACAAGGCAGACGCUAGUGUUGUAGAUGCGCUUGGCAGUAGUGCAAUUCAUCAGGCUGCGAGAUGGGGUGUUGAAGAAGUCAUUGUUGAAUUCAUAGGACAUGGUUCAGAUUUGGGGCUGGCAAACAGCCUUGGACUGGACCCCGAGUUGGUAGCGAGGAAGUAUGGUCACGAGAGCCUUGCAAAGAUCAUUAUGGACUAUGUUUAUGAACAAAACGAGGAACCAAACACCCACACAGACAGUCAGAGACCAGGCAAAACCCACGGAGCAUCGGAAGCAUUGAAAAUAGCUAUAGAUAUAGGAGACCUUGAACUUUGCAUGCGCCUCGUUGAGGAUGGAGCGGAUCUCCGAUCUGGUUUUAAGUGGUGCAUGGGAUGCACACCUCUUCUUUACUCUCUCCAUAAAGGACAACAUGCCAUUUCCGAGUACCUUGUCUCUCAAGGAGCCUCAACUGCAGGUAGUGCAUGUGAGUUUUUUUCAACUCGAGGGUUCACUGCAUUCCAUUAUGCCGCAUUUUCGGGCUUAGUGGAGUUGCUUCGAUUGCUACUUGGGAAAGCUCCGAGCGAGAUAUAUGUUAACCGUGAUCCGAUACAUUCUCUACACUAUGCUGUACUUGAAAACAAUACUGAGUGUGUCAAGCUGAUGUUAGAGCACGCUAGUCAAGGAGAGGGAAGAACCACUCGCGAUGGGCUUGGCACGUUGCAGGAAAAUCUUGGUCGGAUGGUCAACAUGCAGGUGCAGGGCGAUAUGCUCCGUUGGUCUUGGUACGCUGAGCCUAGUGAAUCGUUUCCCGAAUCACUCUUAACAGCAAAGCCACUACACAUCGCCGCAAGCGAGGGAAAUUCAGAUAUUGUACUGAUGUUGUUGGAUUACGGAGCGUCUAUUGACUGCGUGGACGGGGAAUACGCGACACCAUUGCAUCAUGCCGCAUCUAAUGGCCAGACGGCCAUAGUAAGACUCCUCCUUGACUCAGGAGCAAACCCGAACGCCGUGGAUUCGACACUCGAAAGUCCAUGCAUGGCUGCUGCUUUCAACGACCAACUUGAUUCAAUUCGAGCAUUACUGCAAGGUGGUGCAGACAUCCAACUACGAAAUUGUUAUGGUCAAAACGCUCUACACCUUGCUGCAAGUUCUGGAUCAAAGAAUGUGUUUGUGUUUCUGCUGAACACACCGACUGGGCACAGUUUAGGUGCAGAGGACAUAUUGGGUAUAUCAUUUCUCGAUGAAGCCAUCAGUUGCAGAUCAAGCUUUCCAAUGACCUUGUUGUUGAACCUGGCGCUCCCGGUCGAAGCCUAUGAGUCUCGAACACGCAACAUCUUGAGCACAGCUGUUGCUCAUCACUCCGCAACUGACGUUAGACAACUAUUACGGCGACUACCGACCGGCCUUCUGCCCAGACUCCUGAACCAUCCCGAUCUACAUUGGGGCACACCACUACACACAGCAGCUGUGCUGCCAAGUCUUGAUACUAUAAACCUGUUGCUUGACACGGGUGCCCACCUUGAGGUCGAGGAAUCCGAGUAUGGCACUGCGUUGAUGGGGGCCUGCGCGACCGGUCGCCUUGCGGCAGUCAAAUUGCUUGUCGCGAGAGGUGCAAAGGCAUCAUAUGAGAAAGACGGGCAGUGUUACAGCGCACUUCUCGCUGCGAAACACCACCCGGAGGUUAGAAGGUGGCUACUUGUUGGGAGGUUCUUGGAGGGUCCGAAGCUACUCACGUACAAGGAAGUCGAGUAG